CCAGCACCGCGCAUCGUCCGCUAUCGACGCGGAAGAACCGAUCAUCGUCGUCGCAGAUCCGAGUACUUUGCCAUUGGACACAGCAGAGCCCGAGAGUCGCCGCUACCACACCUCGCACGACCUUAACGAUGUCUACCUCCGUUGGCGUUAAUGUUCUCCGAUGGUCCGCCCUGGGCUUGGGUGUUUUCUACGGCAUCUACCACCAGACCUCCAUAUCCGCCCGUGACAGGGCUUCGAAGGCUGAAGCAGAGUGGAAGCACAAGGAAUCAUUGAUCUCGCAAGCCAAGGCUGAGUUUGCCAAGUCACAAAACGCCGGAGCUGCCAGCUCAUCUUCAGACAAGUCUGCGGAUCCUACCAAGGACCCCAACGCGGAUCUCAACACUUUGCUCGGAAUCACGGAUAAGAAUUAAGCUCGAAAAAACAGUCAAUUUUCCUAUGUAAGCAUGGCGAUAAUUGGAAGAAGGUCAGCCCACUCAGGGGAAGACAACUUUCGAAAUGUAGGGGAGAGAUAAAGGUAGAAUCACGGUGUGAUGCCGGAAUCAACUCUCUUGUACUGUGUGCAUUGUAUCUGUACAAUAUAGACGCUGGUGGUUGGUCAACGUUCACGUUCAAUAUACAUCCUUACCCAACAAAAUUUUUUGGAACAACUAUGCUCAUCAUCUUCUCAUCC